AUGUCGGUGAUUGGCCAAUUUCGACUGAUUGUGCCAGGGAGCGCUGCCAAACCUGCCCCCAAGAUGGGGCAGACAUUGGGACAGCUGGGGAUCAACAUGGCGAGCUUUUGCAAGGAGUUCAAUGCUCGGACCACGAAGGUUCGCCCAGACGUCCCGCUGCAGACCACUUUGUUCCCGCGCACCGACCGCUCGUACAAGUUCUUCAUCCGAUCCCCGCACGCGAGUUGGUUCCUACUGCGAGCGGCCCGGCUUCCGAAGGGCAGCGACUUUGGCAACGGCGCGCCUCCAGUGGGGAACAUCACCCUGAAGGAACUGUACCACAUUGCAAAGGUGAAGAGCAUGGAUCCCCAGUUGAUCGGAGUGCCAGUCCGGACGAUCUGUUUGUCCUUGAUGCGCACCGCAAAGGCCAUGGGCAUCCAAAUCACGCGCGAGCUUCAGCCAGACUUCGCCAAGCGAAACGACGAGCCGGUGGAAGGCUUGGAGGAGAGGCGGAAGCAGCUGCGGCUGCUGAACAAGGCUCCGGCUCUCGGAACCGCCGACGUUUCCGCAGGCUCUACAUACGAGGAGAUGGAGGAAGAUCUUGAAGUCGCGUGGGAAACUUUAGAGAUGGCCAGGCGCUGUUGCGAGAUCCAGGGAGACGCGCUCCUGGCACGUUGUCAUCUUCGCCUGGCCGACCUGCUUCUUCUUCAGGGGCACAAAUCCUUGGCGCUGGAGGAGUGCAAGCGGGCAGCGAGCCUUUGCAAGUCCGACGGCGAUCGGGCCACUGCGUCAUCGCGCCUACAAGAAAUCGAAUCAUUG